CUUUUUUGGGUGCAUUCAAUGCACCCGCCUUAUAAUCGUCAUUCUGAACAGACGAUUCAUGUGAAAACGAUGUCAAUCAUCCCUUGUAGUAUGAUGAACAAGAACCACAUGAAUUUGUACCAAAAUCAUUCAAGAUUCACUUUAAUUUGAAUGAUUCAGGGUUUAGAAAGUUAGGGUUAGGGUUUACAAUUGGGAUUUUGGGUUUAAAUUCAAAAUUGAAUGUUAAUAGGUUAGGGUAGUGGGUUGAUUAGUUGUGAUUCUGUGUUAUAUCAUCAUAUGAGACUAAUGCUACCCAUUAAAUUUCAAAAUUUGAUGUAUUAUGACCACUUUUAGAGGUGGGUGCACUGAAUGCACCCAAAAAAGUGAGUGCACCGAAGUAGCCACCAUAUAUAUAUAUAUUAUAUGCAAGGUUUCAUUAGUAUGGUCAGAAACACUUUUUUAUUUAUUUAUAGACAUGGGACACUAUUAAAGGACGUUCGUGUCUAGCACUUAAAAUUAAACUAGAUUGGGCAGUAUCUAUAGUGUCAUACAAGAUCCAGUAAUUGAGACCAGCUAGAUCCGAAAUAUCGAAAUCAUGAACACCUACACACUAGAGGAAUGAAUGAGCUCUGUUGGCGAGAUAAAUAAAAGAUACCUUAAUCAAUGAACACUUCUACUAUGCUAUAUAGCAUUGGUGUUUUAAUGUACAACUCAAAGUUGUACCAUAACAUAAAAUGUAUAAGUUUAGGUUGUACCAUAAAGCAAUUUUUACCAUUAUGUUAUGGUACAACUUUACAACUUGAAGUUGAAGUUGUACCAUCACAUAAAGGUACAACUUCAAAUUGUACCAUAAAAGAAUUUGUACAAAAAGUAUAGGUACAAUAAGAAGUUGUACCAUAACGUAAAUGUACAAUUUUAAAUUGUACCAUAAAGACAAAAACAUAUAGCACCAAUACUAUAUAGCAUUGUAAAAUUUCUCCUUAAAUCAAUAGCAAUAUAUCUUCAAUAUUUCAUCAAAUAAUUAAGCAGCCGCCAACCUCCAAACUACCAUUUCCGCCUUAAUCUAGAAAUGUUGGAUGCUGACAACCACUGCCUUCCAACACCAUUGUUGCUAUAUAUGUUUAUGGCGGAAGCUUCAAGUCGAUCGUGGUCUCAAACCAAUCGCCGGAACGAGAUUAAUGCCACCGUAUAUAAGAAGGAAGAAAGACACGCUUAAGCAUUUUUACAGUCGUAAUGAACACAUACAUCUUAUAUGGGCAGUGGAAGGAGUUUCGACGACGACGUGGUGGUGGUGGUGCAGCGACGACACCGCGAAGGCGUAUGGAGCCGUGGUAUUAACACGGCUGAUCUACGCCGGAAUGUUCUUGGUCUCGAAGGCGGCGUUCGACGGCGGCUUGAACCCUUCCAUUUUGGUCUUCUACCGGCAAGUCUUGGCCACCGUCAUCCUUGCUCCUCUCGCCUUCUUCCUCGAAUGGUACGUAAAUGAACUAUGGAUAGAAUAGCGCUUUACGCCUCUAUUAGUUAACAUAUAUUCACGUUAGCUAGGCAUGCACCAUGCAUAUAAUUAUUAUUAUAUAUAUAUAUAUAUAUAUAUAUAUAUAUAUAUAUAACCGAACUACUGUUCACUAAGACAUGCAGGCACUAAUGAGAAUCGGUUAGGUCUAUUUUCUUUGGGCAUAUGAUUAAUAUGAUGAAGGUUGUUAAAUCCGCUUACAUCGUUCCAUUCGUUUAGCAACUGGAUGGUUCGACUACUGGUACAACAGGUUUCUGUUGCUUCGUGUCGGUUUAGUAAAAUAUAUAAAAAUAUGAAUUAACAUCAAAUACAUUGAAGCAUAUAUAAAAAAUAUAUUUGAAGACAAGUUAUUUAUAAUUUAUAUUUAAACAAAAUAUAACAUUCAAAACAAGAUAAAAAAAUCUAUAUUUAAAUAAAAAAUUUAACGUCGAAACUCAAACUUUUUAUACUUGAAUUCAACAAAUAUUAUCAAUAUUUAACUUUUACAAGCCAUGAAAUGAAUCAUAGUUAAUUUUUUUAUUAAUGAAAUUAACUAAAAUGACGUUAUUUUGUUUAUAGUCCACAAAUCGACCAUGUCGAUCAUAUCGGUGAUAUUCACGUCCUUCACCCCUACACUCGCGUCACCUUCCUCCGUUCUUGUUCUUUCUGCGCGCUGUAGAUAAUGUAUAGCCACCCGACAUUCCGAUUCAAUCAUUGUCGAUCGGAAUCCAUGCUCCUCGGUAGGGAUGGCAAAAAUCCCCAUACCCAUGGGCUUUUAAUUAUCCAACCUUGUUGGGUUGGGUUUGGAGUGCAAGUUAAAUUCAAAUGGGUGAAGUCAGAUGGGUCAAAACCCAUACCCAUUAUAUUGGAUCUACUUUGGGUUUACCCAUGGAUUUGGAUAAAACAAUCCAAAUCCAAAUAAUUAAAACUGAAAAACAAAAAACAAAAAAAAAUCGAGAUUCUCUCUUUCCCUUCCAUCUCAGUCGAGACUCGAGACUUCUUUUCUUCCGAGCUGUCUCAGUUAUCCCCUCCGCCGGCCACCGCCGUCGGCGCCACGACCAUCGCCGCCAUCGUUAUCCCCUCCGAGCUCCGACCCACUGGGUCGCACCCACUCCGCCAUCGUUGUUGAAACCCACUCCAGCAUUCGAUUCGAAACACAGUUGAUUCGCCGGCGCCACGGCCAUCGCCGCCAUCGUUAUCCCCUCCGAGCUCCGACCCACUGAAUCGCACCCGUUCCGUCAUCGUUGUCGAACCCACUCCAGCAUUCGAUUCGAGGUCUAAUGAAUUUAACAGGAGACUCGAUGAUACACGGGAGACAAAAUUAGGGCUAGAAGAAACGAGAAAAAGUUACGAGAUCGGAGCAGUCACCUCUAGAAUUGAGCUCAUUCCGUUGCGCUUCGAGACGAUUGAGAUUGUGACUCUUCUGCCGAACCAAGAGCUGGAGCUCGUGGAUGUGUUGCUGGUAAUAUUGCUUGAGCCCUUCGCCUGCUUGGACACGCCCUUGACGGAAGAAGCCUGAUCUCCUUCUUCCAGAAGUGCUACGACUACUACAGCCGCAAAUACCCACCAACUUCCAGAAGAAGAAGAAGUCAUCUUUUGGUAAAUACAAUCACUCUCUCUCUCUCUCUCUUUCUCUCUCUCUCUCUCUCUCUCUCUCUCUCUGUCUCUGGUUCUAAAAGUUGAAAGAGUUAGAAGUUAGAACUAGAAAUAUAUAGUUUACUGUAAUCUCUGUUUCGUUGAAUGAUUGGGCUGUUUCACUAGUUUGAAUGAUUGCUUGUUGCUUGUUUGGUAUUUUUAGGGAAAUAUGGCUUCAGAAACUAAUGAUGAUAAUCUCUCAAUGAAUCAUGAGACUAGUAAUCCAGACCAACAUAGUGUGCCUUCUAGUCGUAUGUCAUGGUCUUCUGCAAAGCAGUGGUCUGAGGUAUGGAAGGAAUAUGAUCGAGUUAUGAUUAAUGGGUUAAGAAAAGCUGAAUGCAAACAUUGCCAUAAAAAGCUUGUUGCUGAAUCCAACUCAGGAACUUCUCAUUUGCGCAAUCACUUGUUUAAAUGUCCAGUAAAACAUGCUGAUCCAGUCAUGGUGAGUGGACUUUUGGGUAGUAAGAAAAGGAAAAUCGGUAUGGGGAGUUCGAGUCCUGUUGUUUUUGACCAAGAAACUAGUAGAAGAGAGCUUGCUUGUAUGAUUGUUCUCCAACCUUAAGGAUGAUUGCCAAGGACAUUCUGGCCAUUCCAGUGUCAACAGUUGUCUCAGAGUCUGCGUUUAGCACAAGUGGAAGAUUACUAAACCCUCAUCGGAGCCGGCUUGAUUCCAAGACUGUGGAAGCUCUUAUGUGCACUCAGAACUGGCUUUUUAAUGAACUUCGUGGUGAGAA